AUGAUAAGAGUUGAUCAAGCAGGAGAAAUUGGAGCGAAUUGGAUAUACAAAGGACAAAUUGCAGUAUUGGGAAAAGAUAAAAAAGUAGGACCAGUGAUCCAGGAAAUGUGGGAACAAGAAAAAUAUCACCUCCGUACAUUUGAUAAGAUAAUCGUUGAUCAUAGAGUAAGACCCACAUUAUUACGUCCAUUAUGGGAAACAGCAGGUUACGUUCUUGGGGUUGGAACUGCCUUAAUUGGUAAAGAGGCAGCCAUGGCUUGUACUGAAGCUGUUGAAACAGUAAUUGGAGAACAUUAUAAUGACCAAUUACGUGAAUUAUUACAUAUUGACAAUAAUGAAGUUGCAGAUCUUAGAAAGAUAAUCAAAGAAUUUCGUGAUGAUGAAUUGCAUCAUUUAGAUACUGCAGCACCAUUGUAUAAUACAUUGUCAUUUAUAAUCCAAAAUGGAUGUAAAGCAGCUAUUUGGAUAACCACUAGAAUUUAA